UUUAUGGCAAUUUCACGCAACCUGCAAGAGGAGCAUUGAUUAUGGGCUGCGACCGCAAGUCACUACGGUUCAUCCGCAACUAGAGGAAGAAAAGGAGGAAAAGAGGCGGACAUAAAGCCGUAGAUCCUGAUUGAAUCCUGUGAAGUGUCUGUGUGCGCCGGUGACAGAAAGUGGGAGUGAACGAGCGAGCGUGCGUGAGCACUUUCACAUGGCCUCGAUGCAGGACGGGGUGAACUUCACUGCUUCCCCCUACGGCAAAGUGUUGCUGCUCGGGGCCAUUGCUGCUGCCUCGGCCUUCGUCGUCACCAUCCUCAUUGUUGUUUUGUGUGUGGGCUGCCACAGGAAGGGGAAAAGUCAGAAUGGUACUGGUGAAGAGAGGAAGCACAGACUCAUGGACAUGAGUAUAUUGCGACAGUCCAAGCUACGCUCCAUCAAAUCGUCAAAGAAGAACCGUCCGGCCAGCAUGGAUCUCCUUUUGCUGCCAAGCCGGCGCUCUAAUUCAGAUCUGCGAAACUCACAGGGUCGCCAGGGGACCCAGAUGCCUGCAGGAGAGGACGGAGAGCACACAUAUGCAGAGGUGGGGCGCCGACCGUCCCCCACACGCUGUCCCGAGGCUGCGCUCAGAGGGCGGGCUGGGGAGACGGACACCCCGGCCCCACCAGCCGUGCCCGCCAAUACCCCGGCUCCACCUGAUCCAGAUGGGGACAGCCUGGAUGGCGGGAUUCCCGAGCCUGAGACUCUUCCCCCGGUCAUGAACCCUCCUCCACAGCCUCAAGAAACAGCCGAGUAUGCAUGCAUCAGAAAAGUGCGCAAAGUGGAGAAAGCUGCCCAGAAAAGGGACAACGGCACUGAGACAGACGAGGGCCUCGGGCAGGCUCAGCGGCACAGCGGUGGAGAGAUUCGACAUGCCCCACCUAGUCAUCCAGCUCCACCCCCACCACACCCGCACAGUAUGAAGUUGCCACGCAAGAAUGUAGAGGCCUUCAACUUGCCUUUUUUCCCAAAGGAGGCAGUGUUUAUUGGAAACGGAGAGGAGUACAUAUGGAAGCCUCCAGAAGAUGAUGACUUCAUGUUCCAGCCCAAGCACAUAGGCCCUCUGAGCCCUCAUAUGGGAGACAGCAUGGCAGCUGGGAUCUCAGAUAUGUACUCUAAAGUCUGCAAACCAGGAAAGAAAAAAAGAGGCGUGCCCGGGUCACCAACAGCUCCAAGAGAGAUUGGAGGCUAUCGGACCUUGGCCCGUGGUGACCGCGAUGGUGGCUUUAACGUGGUGGUAAAACCACAAACAUGGGCACCACAGGAGGCAAAAAUAUCCAGAAUGCCCCCUGGCUCAAUGGAGGAGCACUGCUACGAAGCCAUCGGCACGGAGGAGAGUGCCGUGUCCUACGAAGCCGCGGAAGCUGGAGGAGGCUGGAAGCGAGAAAGGCCACCGCUCAAUGCAAGCGCAACCCUCCGGCCCAAGAAGAAGAAACCCCAGCAGCCUCAGCAUCAGCCACCUCCACCACCUACACAGUCUCAGCAUACACCUAAAAUGCAGCACCUGCCAGCCAAAGCUCUUCUGCUGCCGGGAGAAAAUCUUUACGAGAGCAUCCCUGACCUGAAACAGGGCUCGACCAGCUCUAGUACCACCACCAUCUUUACUUUUAAUGAUGGAAUGGAAAUGUACGUCACUGGCCUGUAGGGUUCACACUUUACAAGGAUGUAACAAGGCAACUGACAAACAACUUGCAUCCAACUUGCACCCAUUCACACAUCUUGUUUACAUUUCAGCCCGAUGGUUCCCAAGUAGCCCCACACAUUGCCUUACAGACGCGGUUCUGACAGAGGGGAAUUCUUUUACAAAAGAUAAUGGGGUUAAGUCUUUAAUGUGGAUUCCAUCAUGUCGUACAUUAGCUUGGUAUUUACACGUUGCAUUACCACUUAAUGUUAAAGGUGUACCAGUAUUAACUGCAGAUUG